UGUGGAAUCGGAUACAUUUGGACUGUAGACAACAAGUUUGAAAUUUAAAAAAGACAUCUAAGAGUGGUGAGUUAGAAAAGGCUACCACACCUUUGUGAGCUGCUCCUCAUCUCUGCUUAUGGCUAGCAGCUACAUUAGCGGCUACCACCAUAACUCAUCAUUAGCAGCAGCUAACAUACUCAUAUUGCAGCUGGCCCAUUAGCUGCAACUGGCAUGACUCAUCCAUUAGAUGCUACUAGCACUACUGGACCACAUCCCCAACUGAACUGACAAUGGUCAAGCUGCAUUUGAUCUUUAUUCGUAAACUGCCCAUUGUAAGUCUGACAAAGUCAAAAGUGCAGUGUUAGUGCUGAACUCUUAAACUCCCAAAAAAUUCCCUUAAUUGUAAGGGGAUCCGUCCAAAAACGAAAAAGAUCCUCAGAUCAAAGCUAGUUACUUAAAAAUGUAUGGACUUUUAGUGCGUUUUGGAACAAAUUAUUGCAUUUGAUUUACUGAAUUAUUGAUUGUGUGAAGUUACCGGAUCCGGUUGAGGGCAUUUCCUGCUCAGAUACUGUGUCAGAUGUGAUAGCCCACAUUUAGCCCACAUUUUUGACAGGCUGUUGAAAAAUCGUCAUGGCUCCCAUAUGAAAAACAUCUGAUCUCUGUUGUAUUGGUCUCUACCUCCAGAAAAACGACACAAAAUAGCCUACUGAUAAAACAUACCAAUACAAUAGGGUACCAGUGACAAUACAAAUCGGCUUCUUGAUGUCCCUUUUUGGGACAAGCAGCGCUAAGAGACAUCCAGCCAAUCAGCCACGCGGACGCGCACUCCGGAGCGCGCACUCGGAGCCGGUGGUGGCUCUCCUCCUCUUAAGAAGCAGGAGACAGUCCGGGUACUCAGCACAUCCCGGGGCGCACGGAGAGAAGACUACAGAGGUGCCGCUGCUACUGCUGCUGCUUCUGCGUGUCGGACCUGUCCACCGUCAGCCUGCAGCCAUAUGACCGAGGUGCUAAUCAAACCAUAAACAACAACAAAGGAAAUAACAAACAGCCUACCGCGGGUGGCGUUAUCCUUUACAGAUAAUGGCGGUCUCCUGGAGUCUUUUACUGACGGUCUCGUUUGCGACCCUGGUCCUGUCGCACAGCACUGAGCCUGGAACCCCUCAUGGAAAGAGGAGACAGGCACAGACCUCAGCAGGUGGCAGCAACACCCUGCAGCACCCCCUGCAAGGUCUACAGGGCCACCGUCACAACAGGGACCGUGGAGGGCACGGGGGCCAGGGCACCCGCAAUGCCAAAGCUGGAGCUGGUCUGCUCUCCCACAGGCCCCUGCACCCCCUGGCCAGGCCUGAGGAUGAUGGGACAGGCCUGGAGAGUUUGAGCCCAGUGAGACUGGAGAUGGGCCCAGGCAGGGACAGAGAAAGAGUUCGAAUGAGUAUGAAGAGUCCCUCUCAGGUCCGGGAAAAUGACCUUCUGGGGACACGCAAAGGAAAGGGGCAUGGACAUGGACACCAUUUGGAGCACAGGAGACAAGGGAGUCGGCAUGACAAGGGGAGGCAUGGAAAAGGGUCUCUUCCUGAUCCUGACCUGAGCUCAGCUUUUAAAGACAGAGAUCAGUUGGAGGAUCCACCCUCCUUCUCCUCUGCAGCUUCCCCCUCCCUCAGAAUGACCCCGUCCAGUGAAACCCCUUCCCCCAUCGCUGCCGUCUUUGGCUCUGGCUCCUCCAUGGUUACCACGGUGAUGAACGAGCAUCCCCCAACACCCCCGGCCUCCACCAAACCCCAGAGGUCUGGAAGAAGAAAAGGACAAGAUGAGGUGAUGCCAACGCUGGACAUGGCACUCUUUGACUGGACAGACUAUGAAGACUUGAAACCCGUGGACACCUGGCCGUCUUCCAGGGAAAAAGACAAGAAACGGAGUAAGAACCUCAGUAGUGGAAAUGUGACUGUAGACGCCGAUGCCAUUGAGCCGUGUGACCACCACCUGGACUGUCUCCCAGGUUGUUGUUGUGACGAGAGAGAACAUGAGUGUAAACCUCACAACCGAGGUCUCAACAACAAAUGCUACGAUGACUGCAUGUGUGAGGAAGGGUUUCGCUGUUAUGCUAAAUUCCACCGGAAGCGGCGUGUGACAAGGAGGAGGGGUCGCUGUGUGGUACCAGAGACAGUCAGCAGUGACCAAGGAGGCUUCAUCACUAUCUGAGAACAGGAGGUGGGGGACAAGAUGGAUGGGGUUGAAAGAGGAGGAACAGGAAAAAUGACCCCAUGACAGACAUCCCAUGACCACGGUGACAGACCAAGUGCUGAAAGGUGAAGGCUUGCUGGUUUUUCAAAAUUACAGUGUAAAGCAACUAAAUGACAAUAUCUGUUCUGAUAAAACAAAAUAGCAGGUGACUAAACUGGAUAUAUAAUUUGAUUGUUGCAUCAUGGGAUGAGCUACACCUUCUAAUCCAGCAAAUAACCAUCUUUAAGCACUUAUUUAGUUUGGUUAAAAUUCAUACAUCAGUCUUAAUUUAGUUCUGGUCAUUCCGAUCACAGAAACAUGUACAUGUUUUAAAAAGAACAUGAGAAGGGGCUUUUCAAAGCUUAGGGCAGUGAUAACCCAUUGUGCCGGGGGGGGGGGGGGGCAUCCGGCUUCAUCGGCUCAAAAAAGGUUGGGAAAGGACACUGGCUUAGUGUUUGGUUUUUUUUUUUGUCUUUUUUUUUUUUUUUUAGAAAAUUUGCUUUGAAUUGGUAUACAAUAUUCAUGUGGCUGACAACACAUGACUGAGUGACACUUAAUUCUUUAUGGGCUGCUGUUGGUUUUUAUUUCUUUACAGAAAAAAGCAGAUUUUGUGAGUUUUGGAAAACCCUUUGCAAAUCUCUCUCACAGUUCCCCUGCAUCUGAUUAUCUCUGUCUCUGGUGAUCUGAGUCAAAUAAUGUUUACAAAUCAUUUCUAGUACUGAAUUACGGUGCUUGGACUCCCAAAUGAAAGGCUUUUACCGCCUCAGGAUGAUUCAGAUUGAGUCAAGGAAGCUGUCACUCACACAAAUGAUACUAAAGCUACAUUGAAAUAGUGUUGGUUCUCUGCUCCAUUUUCUUUCUAAAAAUUAUUUGUGAAUACUAUUUGAACCCAGCCUGCUGUCCUGUAUUGUAAAUAUGAAUGUGUUUAAACUGCAAUAACCUUUUGUUAAAUUGACACCAUUUCUCUUCAAAUGUACUUAAUGGUAGAAUUAUAAAUGAAGAUGUCUGUUUGACCUUCCUUUUACAUGUCUUAAUAUAUGUUUUAUUUAUACCGUUCUUAAAAGACAGGCUUGUCAAUAUGUUGUGUUUUUCUGUCUUUUUUGUUUUCACGAUUAAACACUUGCUAGGA